UGGGGAGCCUUGAUGACGGUAACUCGGAAAUUACACUGCCUCCUGUGUUUCACAUUUUCCACUUUAUGUUACAGAACCAGCGGAAGAUAAACAAAAUGUUGCAGAGCCUUGCAGAGUUCCUUAUGCAUGUAGGGGUCGUAUGGGCGAUCUGCUUCGUAUGCACGAUCCUCUUGGCCUUCGGGAUCAUCUAUGAAUGGGUGUCAAAUGCAAACCCAGGUACUCAGAUGGGAUUUGGUUUGGGUGGAUGCAUUUUCGUGAUCGGUUUUGUCUUUGGACCCCUGGGUGAGAUCGUUGGUAUGGCCAUAGGAUUGUUGUUGGGAGGUUUUAUUGGCAGCGUGAUGUACAGGCAUGGAGAAGCACUCAGUUACCAGAACCCACGGAGCAUAGAGAAAAUGUCGGAGAGCCUACUACGCUUCCCUAUGUUGUGGACCUCGCCAGAUUCCAUUAUGGGAGUCGUAUGGACGAUCAUCAUCGUACGCCUGUCCAUGAUGGUCUUCGAAUACUUGUUCUGGCGGGUGUCACUUGUAAACCCAGGUACCCUGAUAGGACUUGGUGUGGCUGGAUGCAUUGGCAUGCUCGGUUUUGUCGUGGGACUUUGGGAUGGGAUCAUUGGUAUUGCUGUGUGUUUGUGGGGAAGUUGUAUUGGCAGCGGGACGUACAGGUACGAAGAUGGGCCCAGGUAUCAGCAGAACAGAGAAAGUGAGAAGCAGAUGUUAGCUCAAGUACUCCGCGAGAGUAAUAGAAGUAAUAGAGGAAGUAAUAAAGGAAGUAAUGGAAGUAAUAGAGGCAAGAAAAAGUUAACAGUACAAUCAGAACCUACAGAUGUAAAUCAUUAAUGGAAACAUUUAUGGCGGUUUGCAAAUGAAUCUGAGGCGCCUCGAGUAGUUUAGGCAUCGCAUACUGUCUGAUUGAUAUCUUCUUUUACCGAGCUAAUCACUGCACUGGAUUGCAUGGACUAUUAAAUUACUGACUGUAGUACACCUUGGGGAAUCUUUAGAAACCACUUUUGAUACAUUGUCAAGGUUCACCAAACUACACAUCAGAAGCAGUAUGCAAUGACACACUUCUUUUUACAGCAUAUGAAGGUCAUAUGUGAGAAAUCAAAUGACAUAUUAUAUUUCUAAUCUGAGGAUCAAGAGUAAUUUUCCUUCUCAAGGGUAUUUAGAUGUGCUGGUGAUUAUGUUCUACUAGUAAAUUAAGCAAGCAAAACAACCAACAAACUUUGUUUCAUUGGGGGUAUUACAUCAUAGAAAAGCUGAUAAACCAGUAGCCUCUUAAUUAAUGGUAUGUUUCAAGCAACAGAGGGAUUCCCAAAAGAAAGUGCCGAGCGGCUUCAAAUAAUAGUUCCUAAAGCAUAAUUUACGACUACUAGCUUAAUAUUUUAAUAGUUAAGGAGGCGUAGUUGAGUCAUUGUUAAGCUGGUAGAGCUUAAUACAGUUGUACAAGUUAGAGCUAUAGUACAAGGAAGGUGUAAGAAUUACAACAUUAGGUCUUGGUAUUCCUGCUUGAUGCUACAAUACUCUAGCAAAUAUGAUACAUGUUCUGUUAUUGAUCAUGAGGUUCGUCAUAACAUUGUCAAAGUAGCUGUGGAUCCACGAGACGAUAGUAUUUAUGUUUUGAGGACAGUAAAAUAUCUUCAUGUUGUUCUU